AUGAGGCCAGAAUCCUUUCCAAGACGUCGCCGUACCCACCAAAAAUCCAAGAAGGGUUGCAGCCAGUGCAAGGCGCGGCACAUCAAAUGCGAUGAGGGUCGGCCCAGCUGCGCCCACUGCAUCACGACUCAUCGCUGCUGCUCCUUCCUUCAGCCUAGCAAGAGCCUUGUCCUUCCAGACAGUGCUGCAGCUGCAGCCAGCAGUACUAGAAUCAGUAGUUCCCACACACCUGAGGUGGCUGCUACGGUUCUUUUCACUACCAGCCAUCUCAUUUGCUUGCACCACGCCGAGACAUGCAUGGAAACGUAUAUGGCGUUGCAAGAUACAGGGCGCCCGAUUGUCAACCUUGCUAUCGCCCAUGCCGACUCGGCGCCUUAUCUACUGAGCCAGAUGCUUGCUCUGUCCGCGCUCCAUCUUGCCACUGAUGGGCAAGACACUUCGAAGAGGGCACAGUACCACCAACAGGCUACAGAACUACAGACACGCGCUCUAGAGCAGUUUAAUCGGGCGCAAGAGGAGAGCUCCGACGCGAAGUAUAUACCAGUGUUUGUCUUCGCGUCCCUGUUGGGCAUGCACGUGCUCAAAGAGACGCUAGUAAGCCAUCAAGACAGCCUGUCCGACUUCGUGGAUGCUUUUGUUCACUAUACCCGUCUGCAUCGCGGGGUCCGUACCGCCAUUACGAACGAUUCUUGGCCUAUGAUCCUUGAGUCAGACCUCAGGCCGCUCCUCUACUUCUCCGACCUCAGCGCUAUAGAUAAGCAGGUACCUGGAGAUGAUACACUCAGACUGAAAGAAUUUAUCGAGCUAUACAACGCAGGCCCAGAGUCUAGUCAUGCAUGCCACGGUGCGCUCGAGCGAGUGCAGUGGAUGCUCGAUGUGUGCAAGCAGCAUCCUUCUCAAGACAACGUAGGGAUCCACGCAACAAUGGCAUGGCCAUUGUUGGUUCCUGAAGUGUAUAUCGAUGUUUUACACCAGCGUCGACCAGAGGCUCUCGCGGUACUGGCAUUUUAUGCAGCAGCCUUGCAUCGAUAUCGACACUUUUGGGUGUUUCGCGAAUCGGGGUUUGGUCUGCUUUCUGCGAUAAGGAAGAGCAUUGGUUCAUACUGGCAAGACAGCCUAGACAUCUCAGUGGAUACUUUGUUUGCCACUUAGACAUGUGGAGAUCACCGCUGAUCACCUAUCCAUGCUUAGGAGCUUGCUGCUCUGCAUAUUUCGUAGCCAAAGUUCUAGAAAACGCAAUAACUUACUACAUUAAUAGCUAUUCAUG